AGAGAUAAUAUAUAUAUGUUUUUUUUUUUUAAGCAAAAAGUUUGCUCUAUAUCGGAAAGAGAAAUUUGAAGAAAUCCGACCGGCCGACCCAAUGACUCUCUCGACUUGGGAACACUUAAUUGCACCGGAAAGUGACCUGGCCCCGCUAUUUCCUGCUCGUUGGCUCGCUUCACUGCCCAUACUCAGUCACUUUGGAUUCUCCUUCUAGUUGGCCAAUUAGGGGUACACGUACACCGUGCAAUCACUCAACUAUAUCUGUCAAAAUUCCAAAAUUUCAGUUACAAACUCAAUCAAAAUCCUUAUCUUUUUUUGCCGCCAUCAUUCUCUGUAUCUCAAACAAUCAAACCUUCAACUCAAACCCUAAUAUCCAAAUCAAAUCAUCGAAAUUUCCUGGAAAAAAAUGUCUAGAAACGAAGAAGAUGAUCCGCAAAUCAGGGUUUUAUACGACCUCUGUUCUAUGAUUUUUCAUAUUCUCCGGUAUCCAACUCCGAUCACACUUCCUUUUCCCUCUUCCUCGUUAUCAAUCCGCCGUAAUACGACGCCGUAUUACCCGACACAGAUUUCUCCGGAGUCGUUUGCUUGUUUGUUCUUGGGAAUUUCGCUAACUUUGAUGAUACUUGGAUCAGUGGCGUUUCUGAUUGGAUUUAUAUUGAUGCCAUGGAUUAUUGGACUUGUUUUGGUCUUUUAUUUUGCUGGGUUUCUCUCCAAUUUGUCUGAUUUUGGACGUUCUUUUCUUUGCUGGGCUUUAUCUCCCCAACAUGUUCCUGCUUGGAAACGCUUAUAAGGACGGCGUGGGUUGUCAACUGUAGAGAGAACUUUUGGGUUGCUGAAAUGUGGUUGCGGUCUCUUGUCCUAGUAUAUUAGUGUUGUAACUUCUUGGAAAUGCUCAUGAGGAUGAUAUGGCCUGUCAAUUGUAGAAAUUCGGUUGCUGAGUUACGUUGGCUGAAUCUUGUCCACAUUAGUGUUGAUAGUUUCUGGGCCAGUAGAUUGGGAGAUAGAGAGAGACAGAUUAAUACAACUUGAUUAGUGCUCAGACAAAAGAGGUGACCCAGUCUGGAAGGAAACAUCACGAGAUCGAAAUCAUGGAACUUGAUAGGGAUUUAGGAUUGAUUCUGUACUUCAUGGUAGAUGACAUCCCGUAGAGGGUUACCUUCAGCUUUUGCUUUUAUCUCAAGUUAGCCUCUAAAAGAAAACCAGUUUGUCCUCAUCUAGAGCAUCUUCAAUGCUUUCUUUCUAAAUAUGGUAAUAAUAUGGUAAUAAUUAAAAGUCGUUUUUAUAUAUAACUUAUUAGCUGUUGAUUUUGUUUAUGACUAUUGUGUUUUAUUUAAAGUAUUACUUAUUGUUGGCUUAUUUGAAUUGGUAAUGUGCUGAUUGAGUACCAAUAGAGGUAAUGUUAGGCUGCUGGUUUCCCGUAGGUAAUGUGGGUUUAUAUAUUUUGUCUUACUACAGUUUUAUUACACAAAAUGAAAAUAUUACCAAAAAAAAAACCUUUUUCAUAGACAUGAAGGUUUGAGGAGAGGAAUUUUGGCACGGAAUCGUUGAUUUAGUUGAAUAAAAAAAGACAGUGAGAAUAGUGUAUUGUUUUUGGGGAAGUGAGAAAAUAUAGUGACAUUACAUGAUUUUGUUGAAUUAAGUUGAUUAAAGAAUAGAAGUUAGUGGAUGACAUAUCACACAUUCUCACCCAUAUGAAAGACAAGUUUUUAAUUAGAGAUAAUAAUUUUUGGAAAAAUGAGGUUUUCUUUUAAGAAUGGAGGGAGUAAUUUAUUACAUGCACAUCACCACAUGGGAAGUAAAUGAGUACAAAUGAAGGAUGGAUAAAAGAAGUGGAUUCCUUUCUUUCUGUAGUCUAUUGAAUGGAGUAUAUAACCUUUAAUUUCUAAGUGGUGAGUCUUUAUUAGUAGCAUGUAUUAAUAUGAAGACGCGAUAUUAAAGUUGGACAUAAGGUUGGUACUAUUUGGUAUGAGAAACAGAGAAGAAAUCCGAAGUCAAUAUCAAUUGUUUUAUUCACCAAGUAAGGUUUAUAAUUGGUUGAUGAUUCAUUUUGUAAUCUUGAGGUCUUAAGAUUGAAUCCUUCCUUGUGAUAGAAUGAUGAUUGCAUAUUAAACCCCUCACUUCCAAGAAAAUGAGGGUUAUAGUCUGGUUAGAGUGUUUUUUUCCCCUUCAUUUAGAUAAAAAUAUGUCAAGUGUUAUUAUAUACAUGUAAAUAGCGUGGUUUUGGCCUUGAGAGUAUUAUAACUUACCUUUCAUAAAGUAUGUACAUACAUAUGUCUGUUUUCAUUCUCUCGAGUAAUGAGUGGCAUAUAAAAUGUGAAAGGAUCUUUGCUGUAUCUAAUCAUGUUUAGCUUUAUCAAUCUUGUUAGACAAAAUAGCUUUUGAUAACCAGCCUAGUAGCCAACUCAAGAAAAAAAAGAAGCCUUGCAUACGUUUUCCAAGUCUUGAGUCCACAACUUUACACAUUGCCUGCUGCUUUUUCCGACGAUCGAAAACUAAAGCAAAGGCAAAGCACCCAUAAAGAAGAUAACACACACACACAGACAGUAAUUCUUAACUAUAUUGUGAAGCGUAAAUUGGAAAAACAGUUGUUUGAUCUACUAAAGCAAACCCACUAAGUGUUUUAAAACAUCUAUACCUUUCCUGAUCCCUUCCCUCCUUAGCUUUUUUUUAUUACCCCACUUCUCUUCUUUUGCUUCUCUUUUCCUUCGUUAGCUUGUCUUCCUUCCCUUCAUUCUUAUCCUUCUUCACCAAGGAAUUCCCACUCAUUUGCUCUACAUAUUCCCUCUGAAUUCUUUCCUUCUCCUUACACUUUUCUAAAGACUAAGAGAGAGACAGGUGUUUGCUAGAGUGACACUUAAAGAAAUAGCACUUGAGAGAAGCAGAGGGAGGGUGAGAGCAGGAGUCAGGAAAAAAAAAACAGAGAGAAAGAUGAUGGUAGAUUGGGGGCCGGUGGUGGUGUCUGUGGGGCUGUUCAUAUUGUUGUCGCCAGGGUUGCUGUUUCAACUGCCUGCGAGAACAAGGAUAGUGGAGUUUGGAAAUAUGAGCACCAGUGGGAUUUCUAUUUUGAUCCAUGCUGUUAUUUAUUUUUGUAUCCUUACUAUCUUGACUAUUGCCAUUGGCAUCCACAUACGUUCUGGUGUAUAAUCGAUUAAAGGUCCCAGAAUUCUGGCCAUCAGCAAAAGCUUUGGGUUUCUUUGUUUCUUUACUUCUUUCUGUUACCCAACUGUAAUUUUAUUUCUCCUUCAGCUUCUAGAUAGAGAGUUGUAAAGUUUUCGCGCUCAUAUUAAGGGAAGAUUAUAUUUGACUGGUCGUAUGCUAUACCCUUUUUGCUCAA